CGACUCAGUAGACCUUGAGCACUCGAGACCUGGCAAGUGGUGGUGUUGACCGCGGGACGGCCAGUACCAGGUGUGUGCCUAGCUAGUGAGGACGCUCUGCCUCCUUCCGCCUCACACUCCCAUAUAUAAGCCCUACCGCUGCCCAAGAUGGUGAACGUCCCGGGCUUGGCGGGGAUCGUGGUGUUCUACGCGGUGAUCCUGGCCAUAGGCGUGUGGGCCGCCUGGCGGAGGAGGAAGCAGCGGGUGGACUCGGAGGAGGUGAUGCUGGCAGGGCGCUCCAUCGGGCCCCUCGUCGGCGUCCUCACUAUGACAGCCACGUGGGUCGGCGGCGGCUAUAUCAACGGUACGGCGGAGAAGGUGUACGAGAAGGGCCUCAUCUGGUGCCAGGCGCCCUUCGGGUACGCCAUCUCCCUCACCAUAGGCGGACUGUUCUUCGCCAAACCUAUGAGGAAGGCUGGCUAUGUCACCAUGCUCGACCCUCUACAGGACGCCUUCGGCCGGAGGAUGGGAGGACUUCUCUACUUCCCAGCGCUCCUGGGGGAGACCUUCUGGUCGGCUGCUAUCCUCUCAGCUCUUGGCUCGACGCUGUCUGUCAUCCUCAACAUCGACAACACGACGUCCAUCUUGGUGAGCGCGGCCAUCGCCGUCACCUACACUCUCUUCGGCGGGCUCUACUCCGUCGUCUACACUGACGUCGUCCAGCUCUUCUGUAUCUUCAUCGGUCUGUGGCUUGCAGUGCCAUUCUCCAUGACGAACCAGGCGGUGGGUUCACUGGCACUCAACGAAACCAACUGGUUGGGUUCCAUCGAGUCUGACUCGCCUGAGUGGGGACAGUGGAUCGACUACUGGCUUCUGCUUGUCUGUGGCGGCAUACCAUGGCAGGUAUACUUCCAGCGGGUGCUAUCAUCGCGGUCACCAGGCCACGCCCAGCUCCUCUCCUUCGCCGCCUCCGCCGGCUGCAUCAUCAGCGCCGUCCCCGCCUGCAUCAUCGGCGCCGUCGCCAAAGCUACAGACUGGAGUCAGACGAGCUAUGGCCACGCCCCCGACGGUUACCAGGCGAAGCUGGUUCUUCCUCUCGUGAUGCAGUACCUGACUCCGGAGUGGGUGGCAUUCGUUGGUCUUGGCGCCGUCAGCGCCGCCGUCAUGUCCUCAGCUGACUCCUCCGUCCUCUCGGCCUCCUCCAUGUUCGCCAGGAACAUCUAUAAAAACGUCUUCCGGCAGAAGGCGAGUGAGAGAGAGGUGAUCUGGGUGAUGCGGGCGGCCAUCUUGGUGGUGGCAGGCGUCGCCUCCACCAUCGCCAUCCUCAUCCACAGCAUCUACUACCUGUUUAAGCUGUGUGGCGACCUGGUGUACGUGGUCCUCUUCCCUCAGCUCCUCAUGGUCGUCCACUUCCGCCAGUACGUCAACACCUACGGCUCCUUCGUCGCCUUCUGCCUGGGGAUGCUGGUGCGUCUCCUCGGAGGCGAGCCGUACAUAGGGGUGCCAGCCACCCUCCGCUACCCGCUCUACGACGAGACGACCGGCCACCAGAACUUUCCCUUCAGGACUGUGGCCAUGACGGUCUCUCUUACCAGCCUAAUCCUCGUCUCAGCCAUCGCCAAGUUCCUCUUCACUCGCGGCUUCUUGCCUGCCAGUCUUGACGUGUGCGAAUGCUUCGACCUUGCGGCCAAAGGUAAACAAGAAUCAGAAGACUUGGCCAAAGACACCCAGACUUCACCCAAGGAGAAAACCUUAGUUAUGACGAGUAUGGAGAAGAAUAUGCAUCAGGUGCAGAGGGAAGAGAGAAGUACUGCGGCAGUAUGAAGAUGUUAAUCCCUCUCAACCCAACACUUCCGGUUUAUUCAUGCCCGUGUCACCUCUUGGAUGGCUUAAUCUUCAUCAAUCAAUCAAUCAACCCAUCACCAGCCCUCAAGCUGGGGCGUCGCUCGGCGCUACUCCUUAAUUUUUUUUCAAUUUAUGACCAAAUUCCAUUAUAUAUUCAUACACGGAAGUGCGUUGACACUUGUAGUUCUUAUAUAUUAAAUCGUACUGAUAGUGCUACGUAUUUUUGAGUGUUUUAGAAAUGAUGUUAUCUCUAUGACAGAUAACACAUGUCUUAUAUCAUUUUUACCUGAAGCAGUUAGGGGUCAACUGCACAGUGAACGUUGUUGCCCUGUUGGUGCAUCGUGGGAACCCCUGUGGGCCACGGGCGCUCAGGGGUUCCACUCCUGGUAUAGGAUAUAUGUCAUAUCAGGGACGGAUCUACUGUGAAACUAUUGCAGGUUAAGCUUCAGGGGGGGUCCCUAAUUCCGGAGGGGUCCCAGGAGCGGUUUUUAGUGUAUGAGAAGAAGUUUUUAAACAAAAAUAUUAAAAAAUAGUUAGUAGGGAAAAGUAGGAUGUAAACCAACCCUUCACCGGCCUUGAUGGAUGACUGGCGGAUGUACGCACUUCCGGUCGCUUGACGCGUGGGCGUUCUCCCCUAAUUGUAUGCGUGCGUAAUUAGAGAUGCUAGCUCUUGGUCCCCAGUCUUAGUAGUUUUCUAUUAUUCAUUUUAAACAGUCGCAUUUUGUACGUAGUAAAGUCCACUUACCUAUGAGUUUAUAAGAGUUCUUAGUCAUUCCAGUGUACUUAUAUGUACUUACGUAUUCAUAGUUAGAUGUAUUAGGAAAAGCUUAGAUGAUUUGUUUGGGCCCAAGUCAGGUCCUAGUCAGAUGGCCAUGGCUUUCACUGGUUACAUGGAUCAUUGGCCACUGUGGUCCGGUAUCUGAUCAGGUCUUCAAUCUCCAACUAAUGGGAUGGAUGAAUGAUGGUUGGUAUGGCACCCAGCUCACCGUGCAAGCAUGUGCCACACCUGAAAACGCUGAUAACGCUGUUGUGAUAGAUCGUUCCUGAGCAUACUUCAGCUUAGUAUACUCAUAGCUGGCUACUGCAACCUGAAUGCACGACCAUUGCAUUCUGAAUGCAUUACGCAUUCUGAAUGCAUUAUGCAUUACGCAUUCAUUUACGGUACUGCAACCUGAAUGCAUUACGACCAUGGCCACAAGGUUCGUACUUCGUAAGAACUGCGACGCUGAAUCAAACUGUUAUAGCAUGAGCCCAUCUCCGUCGUGGACUCACCAGAGACGUGUCUUGUCUCUCAGCUAGACCACGGAGUGCUGGGAGUAUUCGGGCAGUCUAUGCUUGCUUUGCACUCCACUCCCUUACUACAAUGCCCUCAGUGCCAGUCGCACCCAUGUUCAGGAUAAUAGCAGCCGACCAGCCAGCGUAAGUUGGCGGAAAACAUAAUUAUGUACGCUCUAAGGUGACCUACAGUAAGCAGGACGCAUCUGAAUGCUCCCUGGUCAAAAAUGGCAGUGAAUCCCUAUGUCUACAAAGUAUUAUGAAUAGAGGAACCAGAGCUCCCCAGAAGACUUAGUAGCAGCUCUCUUAAAGCAGUCACGAGAUGUCAAGUAUCAACGAUCGCCAAGCGUUCCUGGUCUCUUCCAACCCAGUAAAGGGAGUAAGAUGUCACUGCUGUAUUAUCUUCUGUUAAGCCACCUCAAGCACCAGCCUCCUGCCGUGACAGCCUCCUGCUCCUGGCCUCGCUUCAGACGCUGCUUGUCGUCUCCAGGAGCUAGGGCUUACUCCACGCCUACACCAAUCAUUGCGACAUUCUCCUUAUAUAUGUACUAUGCAGUUGCCACGGUGCCCAUGCAUGUGGGAGUUGUGGCAACUGAAUGUUAAAUAAAACAAGAUGAGUGUGA